CUGCAUGGAAAAGAAAUGUCCCAAUAACCAGUUUUAAAAAAAUAAGUGAGAAUGUGUGUAAAUGUGACAGAUUUAAACUUUAACCAUUUAUCAGGUGAGCGGGUGUCCUUCUCGGCUGGUCUCAACCGCUUGCCCUUCCCUGGGGAGGUGGGAAUCAUCCGCUUCAACAAGGUGUUGGUAAAUGAUGGGGGACACUAUGACCCUCACACAGGCAUCUUUCACGUUCCCAUGGAGGGCCGCUACCUGCUGAGUGCCGUGCUGACAGCCCAGAGAGGUGCCAAGGUGGAGGCGAUGUUCUCUGUGUCCAACCGCAGCAUCCAGAGGCUGGACACGGCCGGUUACCUGCCUGAUAAUGGUGGAGGAGGUGGGGCUGGCUCCACCAGCUGUGACUGCGGAGGCUCUGCCUCCCUAAGCCUGGUUCUCACUCUGAUGCGUGGGGACAGGGCAGGUUUAGUCAUGACCGCAGGCAAACUUGCCAUCUCGGAGAACACAGAGUUCCUCUCAACAUUUAGCGCCGUGCUUCUCUACCCCACCCCCUCAAAAAAAUAGCUGCCAUGUUAUAGACAAAGUUAUCCCCUAAAAAAAAAAAGAGAAUCCCACCAAUGAUAUUGCUUUAUGUAGCUCCACCCUCAAAACAACACCCAUUCUACUUUAGAUGUAUGCCUCCUUCACGUGUUAGCCGGAACUAGGAAACUCUGAAAUUUGACUUGCUAAUCGGUUGUAGUUCUACACGUGUCGUGUUCAACCAGUUAGCAAGAUGGUAAUUUCUGAGUUUCCUAGUUCCCGACAAGCACGUGAAUGUGGCAGUAGUAUGCCCAACAUUGCAUGCCUUACAGGAAUUUUAGUAAAACAGGUAGAUUGCUUUAACGUACUAUCAUAUGACAGAGCUUUCAUACAAAAAGAGAUGUAUCAAAUAUUUGAUGAUAGGAUUCUUAUGGAGGGGAUGGGGCAGGCUACUGCCAUUUAUGGAGUAUUAACAUUUAGUGAUUGAUUAUAUUUGAAAUGUUUGAAUGUGUGCUUGUGUUGAUGUGUUCAAUUUGUUGUAGUUAUUUUGAAAUGACUAUUUUAUGAGAACCAUCAAUUAUAAUACUGUACAUACAGGUAACUGACAAAAUAAAAGAAACCACAACAAAGUUUCUUAAUAGGGCGUGGGGCCACCACAGCUUCAAUGCGCCUUGGCAUAGAUUCUACAAGUGUCUGGAACUCUAUUGGAGGGACGCGACACCAUUCUUCCACAAGAAAUUCCAUAAUUUGGGGUUUUGUUAAUGGUGGUGGAAAACUUUCAGGCACCGGCCCAGAAUCUCCCAUAACUGUUAAAUUGGGUUGAUCUGGUGACAGACCACAAUGGUAUAUGGUUUACAUUGUUUUCAUGCGCAUCAAACCAUUCAGUGACCACUUGUGAAUGGGGUCUUAGUCAUGGUAGCCCAAAAAAUUGCUAAAAUAAUGUAUAAAAUGCCCAGCAUUGUAUACAUGAUGGGAUGUUGAUUGCUUAAUUAACUCAGUGUUCCACCUGUGUGGAAGCACCAGCUUUCAAUAUACUUUUGUAUCCCUCAUUCAUCAAGCGUUUCCAUUGUUUUGGUAGUUACCUGUAGCAUCGUUAGAGGAACUAACGUUAAACAAAUAAGCUGGUCAUUUUUCUACAUGACAAGGGAUACAGAACUUUUCAACAAGGACAGUUGUUUUGAAAGGUCUUUUUUGUAUUUCAACACAUUCCAAUGAGUCAAUGUUCUUUAGGACCAAUGCCUGAAAAGGAAAUGUUUCAGUACCUUUUCUUGGAUCAGAGGACUUGAAUUCAGCCCUGGGGGCCAGUAAUAAAAGAUGUGUU